GGCGGAAUGGAAAGCUUCCAGAGCCGCUCCAACUCUUGUCUCUGUGUUUCCAGCCUGAUGCAUGGACUACUGCUCCUCUAACAUCUCUCUCUUAAUCCACUGUCCCCUUGACAUGCUUCGCUUCUGGACUACAAGCUCAGCCAUCUGAAAGAGAGAGAGAAAGAGAAAAGAAAAGAGAAAAAAAAAACUAUUUCCUUUGGCUUUUUUCAAAAGAAAAAAAAAAUCUCUCCAAAGGACUCACUGAAGGAGGCGGCCGAAAUACAUUAAAGCGCGUCCAGUGCGCUUGCAUUGCUUGUUUGUGGGAGUUUUUUUGUUCACCGGGAGGAUAACUCUGUCAACAGUUGCCUUAUUUCAGAUCUCCAUGUAUACAGUGUGACAUGCGGAGGCUACUGCGACCGCGCUGCUGCUGCUGGUGGAUUCCGCCUCUGCUUUUCUCCUCGCUGGUGCUCCGCUGGGCACACUGUCAUCCCGCAUUGGCUGAGGGGAACAAAGCAGAGCAUCAUGACCGGCCAAUCGGUGACAGGCACCGCAGAGCGGCCGAAGAGUCCUACUGGGCUUACUCAGGGACGUACGGACCAGAAACAGGGUGGGCGGCAGCUUUUCCUGAGUGUCAGGAGAGAAACCAAUCGCCGAUUAAUAUAGCCGAUCAAGACACAAAGGUCUCGAUGGAAUACCAGGAACUCACACUGGACGGAUUUGAUGCAGAGUCAUCCAACAAGACAUCAAUGAAGAAUACAGGCAAAACUGUGGCAAUCCUGUUGAAGGAUGAUUAUUUUGUGAGAGGAGCUGGGCUACCGGGCCGCUUCAAAGCCGAGAAGGUGGAGUUCCACUGGGGCCAGAGCAAUGGUUCCGAUGGCUCGGAGCACAGCAUCAAUGGCAGGAGAUUCCCUGUGGAGAUGCAGAUCUUCAUGUAUAACUCAGACGACUUUGACAGUCUUAACACAGCCAUACGGGAGAAGCGAGUAAUUGCGGCCAUGGCUGUCUUCUUUCAGGUGGGGAUGAAGGACAAUCCUGCAGUAGAUCCGAUUAUUCAUGGACUAAGAGGAGUGGUUCAUCACGAGAAAGAGACAUUUCUAGAGCCCUUCGUGCUUAGAGACUUGUUGCCGUCCUCUAUCGGGAGCUACUACCGUUACAUUGGCUCUCUGACCACACCGCCCUGCAGUAAAGUGGUGGAGUGGAUCGUCUUCAGUCGCCCCGUGUUCCUCUCCUAUAAACAGCUGGAAGCGUUCUACUCCAUCUUCACCACAGAACAGCAGGAUCAUGUUAAAUCCGUGGAAUAUCUGCGUAACAACUUCCGCCCACUCCAGAGUCUGGACAACCGAGAGGUCUUCAAAUCCGCCGUCAAAGACGCUUGGCUGCCUGACUUGACUGACAGCCUGGGGAACCCGUACGGUACCGAGGCUUCCAAAGCAUGCAGCAGUGCCCCGAUCAACAUGAACGUCCAGCACAUGAACAAGACGGCGCUAGUCGUUCGAUGGUCCCGUCCGGAGAUCACCUACGAUCCGCCCAUCAUCAGCUACCUCAUUUCCUACAGCUGGACCAGAAACGAUGAGUCAUACGAGGAGACGUAUGUCAAAGGGAGUGAUCAGAAACUGGAGGCUGUCAUUACACCAGUGUCGCCGGAUGUGCUGUACCUGUUCCGCGUCCAGGCAGUGUGUUUGAAUGACAAGCGCAGUGACUUCAGCCAGAGCAUGCUCUUCAGAGCUAACACCACCAGGAUAUUUGAGGGCACAAGAAUAGUCAAAACUGGGAUGCCAACUGUGUCCCCAGCAUCCUCGGCAGACAUGGCUCCCAUCAGCUCCGGCUCCUCCACUUGGACGUCCUCCGGUCUUCCGUUCUCCUUCGUUUCAAUGGCAACCGGGAUCGGCCCCUCUUCCAGCGGCAGCCAAGCGACAGUGGCGUCUGUGGUGACCAGCACCCUCCUGGCGGGGUUGGGUUUCAGUGGUGGGGUCAUCUCCUCCUUCCCCAGCUCCGUCUGGCCCACCAGGCCUCCGCCCUCCACCCGGCAGGCCCCAGCCAAACCUAUGGUGACCACCACAGAACCAACCUCCUCACCGGCCUCCGACAGAGACACUACCGCAGCCGCAGAGAACGACGGAUCUGACGACAGAGGAGAUAAGGGAGGGAAGGGUGAGGAUGAGGACGGAGAAAAGAACGGAGAAGAGGAAGAGGAUGAGGAGAAAGGUGCUGAGAGUAAAGACGGCAGUGUUCCAGACGAUGUUGAAACGCAGACGAAUGGCUCCGCGACAAAAGAUCCACCCACAGCAGUGCCGGAUUCGACAGCGAAAGAGAAAGGAGGACACAGGAGGGCAGAAAACACCUCAGCGCCAUCUAGUGUCCCGGAGGAUCAUGUGGAGAAAAAGACACACGCAGUAAGGGAAGAGGAAGAGGAGACACAGGUGCUGGCGACCAGAGAUCCAAUGGGUGAUGAUAAUGUGACGGCAGUAAUAGAGACCCCAGACAGCACGGCUCACACCAGCAAACCCAGCAGAGGAGACCACAAACACAUGCCUCCUUUCUCUAUACUUACAGAGCGUACCGUAGUCUCCAGCAUGCACCCUGUGCCUGCUUCAGCCCGGAUGGAGUGGAUUAUUCCUCUGGUGGUGGUGUCGGCGCUCACCUUCCUCUGCCUCAUUCUGCUGCUGGCCGUCCUCGUUUACUGGAGGAGGUGUUUCCAAACGGCUCAUUUCUACGUCGAGGACAGUAAUUCGCCCAGAGUGGUGCCCAAUGAGAGCAUCCCGGUCAUCCCCAUCCCAGAUGAUAUGGAGGCCAUCCCUGUUAAACUGUUCAUCAAGCAUGUAUCAGAACUCUACUCCAACAACCAACACGGCUUCUCAGAAGGGUUUGAGGAAGUGCAGCGCUGCACAGCAGAUAUGAAGAUCACAUCAGAACACUCCAAUCACCCUGACAACAAGCACAAAAACAGAUACAUCAACAUCAUAGCCUAUGACCACAGUCGAGUGAAGCUCAGGCCUCUGGCAGGAAAAGACUCUAAACACAGUGACUACAUCAAUGCCAACUAUGUGGAUGGCUACAAUAAACCCAAGGCCUACAUUGCAGCUCAGGGUCCCCUCAAGUCCACAUUCGAGGACUUCUGGCGGAUGGUGUGGGAACAAAACACCUGCAUUAUAGUCAUGAUCACUAACCUGGUGGAGAAAGGCAGAAGAAAAUGCGACCAGUACUGGCCGACAGAGAAUAGUGAGGAAUACGGUAAUAUUGUGGUGACUCUGAAGAGAACCAAAGUAAUGGCGUGCUACACACUCCGCAUCUUCACUAUCAGAAACACCAAAGUAAGGAAGGGUCAGAAGGGUAACACUAAGGGCCGUCAGAGUGAAAGAACAGUUCUGCAGUAUCACUACACUCAGUGGCCGGAUAUGGGCGUCCCUGAAUACACGUUACCCGUGCUCACCUUCGUCAGGAAGUCCUCUGCCGCACAGACUCCAGAGAUGGGCCCCAUGCUUGUACACUGCAGUGCUGGCGUGGGCAGGACAGGAACUUACAUUGUGAUUGACAGCAUGCUGCAGCAGCUGAAGGAUAAAGGUUCAGUCAAUGUGCUGGGUUUCCUCAAACAUAUACGAACUCAGAGAAACUACCUGGUCCAAACGGAGGAGCAGUAUAUCUUCAUCCACGAUGCCUUGAUGGAAGCCAUUCUUGGGAAGGAAACAGAGGUGCCCUCCAGUCAGCUGCACAGUUACGUCAACAACAUCCUGACGCCGGGCCCAGGGGGCAAAACACGACUGGAAAAGCAGUUCAAGUUGGUGACUCAGUGCAAUGCAAGAUUUGUGGAGUGCUUCAGUGCUCAGAAAGAAUGCAACAAGGAGAAGAACCGCAACUCUUCUGUUGUCCCAUCGGAAAGAGCACGUGUUGGUCUCGCACCAUUGCCUGGGAUGAAAGGCACUGAUUACAUUAAUGCAUCUUAUAUAAUGGGCUACUACCGGAGCAAUGAGUUCAUCAUUACCCAGCAUCCCUUGCCUCACACCACUAAAGAUUUCUGGAGGAUGAUCUGGGACCAUAACGCUCAAAUCAUCGUCAUGUUACCAGACAACCAGGGCCUGGCGGAGGAUGAGUUUGUGUAUUGGCCGAGUCGAGAGGAAGCCAUGAACUGUGAGGCAUUUACAGUCACCCUUAUCAGUAAAGACAGACUCUGCCUCUCCAAUGAGGAGCAAAUCAUCAUUCAUGACUUCAUCCUGGAGGCCACACAGGAUGAUUAUGUUUUAGAAGUUCGUCAUUUUCAGUGCCCAAAAUGGCCAAACCCUGAUGCUCCCAUUAGCAGCACCUUUGAGCUCAUCAAUGUCAUUAAAGAAGAGGCCAUGACCAGAGAUGGACCCACUAUAGUGCAUGAUGAGUUUGGUGCAGUGUCUGCUGGGAUGUUAUGUGCUCUCACCACACUGUCACAGCAGCUGGAGAGUGAAGGAGCUGUGGGGGUCUACCAAGUGGCCAAGAUGAUCAACCUCAUGAGACCAGGAGUCUUUACCGACAUUGAACAGUACCAGUACCUUUACAAAGCUAUGCUCAGCCUGAUAAGCACUAAAGAGAACGGAUCCAGCCCCAUGUCCCUGGACAGAAACGGCAGCGUGGCCAUGUCUGAUGAAUCGGACCCGGCUGAAAGCAUGGAGUCCCUCGUCUAAAGCCCCCCUGAACAGGCACGAAGAGGCACUUAAUCUAACUUUGUAAAACUUCAAGGACUAAGACAGACUUUUUCUGAGGCCUUUUUUGCCAGAACUCUUGGUUAAAAGAAUAACCUGAUUACUUUUUUACACUGAUAAAAAGUUUUUGAUAUUUAUUUUUUCGCCAUUUUUUGUCUUAAUGUUAUCCUACUGAACAUUUGCACCGACGUUUUUGAGUUCACGACAAACAAAACCAGUUCUGUCUAGUUUGCACUAUGAAAACAUCAGUGUUACUGCCUACUCCACCAUCUAGACCACAGUCAGUCUCUCUCACUCACUUGAAUUCUCGCUGUCAAGCCCUUAUUUUGACAUCCCAUAAUAAAGCUGCUCUCCGAAGCUUUAGAGAUAUCCGCCACAAACGAAAAACGGUUUCCACGCACACCUCAGAUGCUGGAAAAAGAGAUUAUUCCCAUGUCCAACUUGCGAAGACCCACCACAAAACGUCAGAUUCACCGAUGAAAGACCAUAUGAACAAUAUGGAGUAUGUUAGUUUUGAUUUUUGUUCGCUUUUGAUCAUUUCGCGCACCCCAAAUAGUAUAUUUACUCAUUAUGCUUCUAGUUAAACCCAUAUUUACUUUCAAAAGGUGGUAUUAAAACAGCUACUGUGAACUUUUGUAUGAUUCAUAUUCUGCUUUUAAUAUAUAUCGUAUAUCAUGAUAACUUGUGCUUUUGUAAAUGUUAACUGUCUCUUCGAGCAGCCGUCACAGUCUCUGCUUUCGGUUGAAGGAUCCGCAGAGCCCAUGACUUCUCUAGCACCCCCUGCUGGUUUGAUUUCGCCAUUGCUUUAUGCUGCAAGCUGCUACUUUUGUCACUUGAGUGCAACUGAACGUGUAAUGACAUCACGCGACUCAUAGUGUAGGAGUUAAUUCUGUUAUUUGCCCACUUCAUUUUGUAAUUUUAUACUGCUCUACUUCGUCCUGGGUUUUUUUAAUAGUUCACUGACAUAAGCGUCCCAUAACUUUGAGAAUAAUGUAUACAAGUCUCUCGAUGCCUUCUGUACAGUCUCAUUUCACCUCGGCAAGUGUGUGUGUGUGUGUAUGUGUGUGAUAUAGGUGUGUGUUGUGUUUGGUAUUGACUGGUUUUACUAGAAACUUGUAGACUCAGCCCAAGCAUUUCUUCACUAAACUGACCUCUUUUAAUGUCUCUCAUUUCUUGUGAUUCUCAGACACUGCUAGGAAAUACAGUUACUGUAAUUUCAUAAACGGUUGUCUCAUGCCAUACAGCACAAAGGCCUUGCUAACAAAACAUUAGAAUCAGUCUUACCGCUUCAAAAACUGGGGACCCGUGAUUCAUAAAUUUUUACCAAAGACUACAACUGUCGUUCAUUUCAGUCAUGAAACGUGAAAACGUUUUCUUUUACUAUUUGGUAAAGCAGUUUUAAGAAGAAUGUUUUUGGUAGUGACUGGAAAAACAGUGUUGAAAAUGUCAAUGUUUUUGUUUUGUUUUG